GAUGGUUACUUAUAUUAUUUCUAUAGCAGGUCUAAAACGCUUAGUGGAAAGUAUCAUGCCACCCGGAUUCGACAAUUUGUACAAACAGCCAAAAAAUCCUCAACUACAGGAUAUAACCAACAACAGCGGAUACAGGAGAGCCUUUAAGCCGAACUUAACGAGCAGUCCGGAGGUGUUGCUUGGUAAACGUUGCAACAGGGAACCAUCUUCAAGCAGAAAACGCAUCAGGCUGGAAGACAGCUGCAUACUGUUAGAUACAGAUUUGAACAACGCUGGACAGUCUACGAAUGGAGAAAAUGUGUUGCACAAUGAUGUCCAGGAUGUUUUAAACAAGGACGAAUGGUCGGAGGAUUUGACGGACAUCUGGGAUCAGAACAGUUUCAGCGAACCAGUCGAAAAAACUGUUGCUGCCGCACCACCGAAUGUUGGAAUAAACGCUUCGGACAAACACAGAGACACUGACGCAAAUGAGUUACGAUCAAACCAAGAGCAUGAGCAUCAAGAUCAGGUAGGACCCGAUGGUGAUUUAAACAGUAUUGGCGAGGUUUUAACUGUUCUAAGACAGCUUUCUGAAGAAAACAGAAAAAUAUUGCUAGAUAACAAAACAAUCACAGAAUCAAACAGAAAACUAACAGAAGCUUGUAUUAAAUCUUCCCAAGACAACGAAAGGUUGUCACAGUUAAAUGCAAAGAUAUCUCAAGAAAAUUUGAACAAUUUAAUUGAGCUACGUAGACAAUCUGCCGUUAACCGUAGACAUGAAAAAGGUAUUCAAGAGAUACACAAACAACUAAAUAUAUAUCUGGAAGAAUUUAGAAAAUUUGAUAUGUCGGGUAAUGUGUCAAAAGAUCAAUUCAAAUCUUUAAUACAAAUAAUGUUUAAAAUGCAAAAGGCGUUAGAGAUCAAAUUAUCGCCAUUUCUGCCUGUUGCGGGGCCAUCCUCUCGUGUUUAGUGUUGCCAAUAGUUAGAGGCUAGUGUUUUUCCACAUUGUUACAGAAAUCAACAUUUUCACAUAUUUUCAAAUGUAUAUUUACAUCUAAAACAAGCAAUCAGACAAAUAUGGCAUCUAAAAGAUUUUGGGGGUCAGACAACAACCCGUGUGUUACAGAUGAAUAUGAUUCAUUGAACCAGUUGUCUAUUGAUGAACAAUUGCAGCGUCUAAGCGAAAUGUAUGAGACGAAUGUUAACCCUAAUGUUCAGCAAAACAUUGAUACACAACACUUUGGCUACCAUUAUGUUUUGUCUAAUCAUUUAACCAUUGACGAACAAAUGCGGUAUCUAAGUAAUACGUAUGAUACACCUAUUAGCG